GGGCAAAAUGGUGAUCUGCGUGGGUGUAUGGGGUUGGUAAAUAGAGAAGAAGAUGAGAUCAUAAGAUUAAGAAGAUAAGGGAUAAAUGAACAGUGCAACAUAGGUGAAAGUAGAAAAGAUCAAAAAGUUGAAAAUUAAUGGGGUUGCGUGGUACCAGAGAGAGGGGACCCCAUUCUUCUUCCAUAGGGUCUACUGGCCUAGCAGGGUGUCCCAUUUCUUUUGCAAACCUCUUCUCUCUCUCUUUCUCUCUCUCAAACCUUAUAAGUGUUGUGUGACUCAUUGGGAAAUGAUGGAAAAAAGGGCCUUAAUGAUCAAUCACAAGGUGCAUUCCCUUUCUCAGCUUAUAUAACCCUCUUUUCCUCUCAUCAAUUCAAUUCCUUUAUCUUUGCAUAUUAAACCCACUUCAUUGAUCUUUUCAAUCUUUGUAUACAAUCCAAACUGAAACUAGUCCUCCUCAUUGUCUUUUUAUUCUCUCUUUCACUUCCAAACAAUAACAAGUAACUGUUUGACCAAUAAGUGAAUAAAAAUGAGCAUGAAUGAACUCCAACAAUACUCAGAAACAGAAAGCACUUCAAACUCAAACCCAUCAUCCCCAUCCUCACCUCAACAACAACAACAACAACAACAAAACCCAAAAAAAACCAAGCGUAAUAUUCACGAGCGUGACUCAGGAAAACACACAGUGUACCGUGGAGUCCGCAUGAGAAACUGGGGCAAAUGGGUGUCUGAAAUCCGCGAGCCACGCAAGAAAUCACGCAUAUGGCUCGGAACUUUCCCAACUCCAGAAAUGGCCGCUAGAGCUCACGACGUUGCUGCUCUUAGCAUCAAAGGUAACUCUGCCAUUCUCAAUUUCCCAGAGCUCGCUGACUCUCUGCCACGCCCUGCUUCACUAGCCCCACGUGAUGUUCAAGCCGCGGCAGCCAAAGCAGCCCAGAUGAGCAAUUUUGAUUCUUUAGCUCCUUCGGCUUCAUUGUCUACGUUGGUUUCAGCGAUGGACUUGUCUAAGGAGUCAGAGGAGUUGAGUCAGAUUGUUGAGUUGCCGAGUUUGGGGACGAGUUAUGAGUCAGAGCAGGAUUUUAGUAAGGAAUUUGUGUUUGUUGACUCGGUUGAUGGGUGGGGGAUGUACUCGCCGCCAUGGUUUCAGACUAAUAUGGAGAAUUUUGGAGCAGAGACUAAUGUGAUGCUAAAUAGCUUUGAAGGUUUAUUGUGGGAAUGUUAAUUGCUCUGCUUUUGUCAUUUGUGGAUGUGAAUGUGAGUGUCUUAUCUAAUCUUUUUUCUUUUUUUCUUUUGGUUUAAAACCCUUCUUCUUUUUCUCUCAAGGGUCUAAAACCUCUCUUUGUCUAUGUCUCCGCGUGGGUUUUAUGUGUGUGUCUCUGUAUUUUCUGUGAUUAAUACUAAUCUUCUCUUUAUCUAGCUAACUGUACGGUGUUAGGAUUGGGAAAAAGGAAAAUCAGAAAAUGUCAAUAAUUUGCUUGGCUUGAUUGGUGUAAAGUGUUAGCAAAUCAAAGCUUCUUUCUCUAGUAUAAUAAUGUAGCUCGAACUCCCAAAAAGGUUCAAAGUCUCGUCUAAGAUAUAUAAUCUUGUCCAUGGUUUUGUAUCAAAAACGUAAACGAAAUUCUAUGAAAAAUCUGGUAAAAAAAAAAAAAAAAAGUGAAAUUUACCAUGU